AAUAGAAAUUUUCACAACAAAUAACUGAAGUUGAGUAAUGAGAUUGAGAUUUAGAACUUUAUCGAUAAUGGCGUGGCCUUCCCUUCUUCCUGACACAGACUUCUCACCAUCUUGACGAAGAACAACAUCAACACUCUUCUUCAAUUCCUAACUAAACCUCUUCAAAUCUCUAUCCCUUCCUUUCCUUUCUUCCAUAAUCUCAAUUAAUUUCUCAAUUUCGUCGUUGUUUUUCCAAAAUCCCUCCAAUGAAUUUCUUCAGAUCGGUGUUUUCCGACGAUCCCGAUCCUUCCACCGCGUCCAAAACUGAACCUCAAUCGCCUCAUAAAUCCUCUUUCGAAGAAGGAGAACAAUCAUCGGAUUCCAGUCCUCUUUCCAAUCCAACCCCUGUCGACGAUGCCGGAGCUUGGAGUUUCGGUGGGUUGAUCAAGACUUUGAGUGCUAGAUCGGAGUCAGUUAUCGAGACUUACCGACGCGAUCUCCAGGAAUUUGGUUCGGGUUUGAAGAAGGAAAUUGAAGUCGCCCAUGGAUCGCUGGAGACGGUAGGGCAUGCUUUUGAUGAAUUCGGUAGCUCCGUUUUGAAAGGUACGGCUCAAAUUAUCGCUCAAGGUAAGAAUGCGAUCCAAGCUAUAGAUCAAGAAUCUGAUUCUGAUAGUAGUACUAACCAGAAUUUGAGUAAUCAAAGAAGCUCAAAUUCCAAGCCUUAUAGUAGGUUUGAUGCUCAGGUUCGUUCGCUUCAAGGCGAUACGGCCACUUACUGUGAUGAACCUGAAGAUUUGGGUGAUUAUGAGAAGUGGAGAUCACAAUUUGUUCUGAAUGAUAAGAGUGAAGAAAUUGAAAACUUGAUUGAAGAAAAUGGAGCUAUUGAUAAUAUACACAAGAAGGUUGUUCCUAAUGUUGUUGAUAAUGAAACUUUCUGGUUUAGGUAUUUUUAUAAAGUGCAUAAGCUUAAGCAAGCUGAGGAUGUUAGGGCUAAUCUUGUGAAGAGAGCUAUUGCUAGAGAAGAAGAGGAGGAUUUGAGUUGGGAUGUCGAUGAUGACGAUGACAAUGAAGGAUAUAAUGAGAUGAAUGCUGGGUCGAAAGGGGAUACAGUGAAGAAUGAUGUAAGUAAUGAAGAUCAGGGUAAGGCUACAAAAGGUGAAGAAGUGAAUGUCGAGCAUUCUACUGCUAAUGUUGAAGUGAAGGAUGAUUUACCAGCGAAGGAGGAAGUCGGUGGGAAAGAAUCUAUUGAAGUUGUGAAGGAAUUGAAUGGAGGAAGCUCUGUUGGUGACGAUGGAAAGAGGGAGAAGAGUUCUUCUGUUGAGGAAUUAGAAGGAGAAAAGAAAGGGUCUGAUCAGAAAGUCCAUUUGGAAGGUGGUUCUGGGUCGAAUAACAAGGAUCGAGGAUUGAAACCGAUGGCUGUCGAGGCCAAGUCUGAUCAUGGUGAAUCUUCUAAAGACAGUGAUGUUUCAAUUGUUUCAACACAGCCUUCUAUGCCUGAGGACGAAGAUCUCGGGUGGGAUGAGAUUGAGGAUUUGAGCAUCAUUGAGGAAAAGAAAGGAGUAGUAACUCAAGGUGGGAUAACAAAUAGAGAGGAAAUACAAAAGCGAUUGAGUACUGCUGAAGAUGAUGAAGAUCUGGACUGGGGUACCGAUACAGAAUAACAAAACUUCGAUAGAUCAAAAAUCCGUGGAAGGUUAUAUUAUUUGAUUUCCUAUGUUCUAUCUUUCAUUUUUUUGGAAGUGUUAUUAUUCCUUAUCGGUUAAAUGCAAUGUGCUGUGAUUGUAUAUCUUCAACUUUCAUUCAAGGAAUCAUGUUCAAAUUUGUACUUGAUUUCUUUUUCUCAUAAAAUUAGGCAAAUUCCUUACCUUCAACUUUU